GUAGAUAAGAGGAAAUCUAAAUGGCGAAAAUGGAAAAUAGAUACCUCCUCGAUAUAAAGGUCCUUUCCUUUGCAACAAUUCACGGACGCGCCUUCCCUCUCUCGCUCGCUUCCCGGCCAUUCUCCGAUUUCCCCCCGAAGAAGAAGAAGAAGGAAGAAGAAGAAGAAGAAGAAGAUGGGUUCGGCAGACGACGAGCUGGAGGAUUUCUUCCCACAGAAGCAGCGCGUCAGGAACCCUCUCGUACCAGUAGGUGCUCUCGUGACUGCUGGAGUGCUCACAGCGGGUUUGAUAAGUUUCAGACGAGGGAACUCUCAGUUGGGACAGGUGCUAAUGAGAGCUCGUGUGGUGGUCCAAGGUGCAACAGUUGCCCUUAUGGUUGGCACUGCCUAUUACUAUGGAGGAAAUCCCUGGAAAUCACAUUAAAAACACGAAAAUUUUUGUCUUUCUUAUCUUUUGAUUAUUUUGUAUCAAUGCUGGCUACAUUUAUAAUGAGGGGCUACUUCAAUCUGAAUCAGCUUUAUGGCCACAAUUAGUUGUCAUUUGCGAGCGUAAUAACAUUCGGAUUUCGGUGAAUAAGUUGACUUGCAAAGCGAAAUAUUGAUUCAUAUAUAAGUUUUAUGUAAUUUCUUUUGCUACUAUUCUUUUCCAACCCCUUGUAGAUUACUGGAUCCUUUAAGUGUCUGUUUGGGUUCUCUCUGGUUUUUGGAUCUGGAAUUUAUUUGGAUUGAGUU